GAGAUGUAUCUGGCUGGACAAUGCCAGAAAGAGAUGUUUGUUGCAGCUACAUCGGACCCCGGGGAAAGGGGGACGCCGGAGCAGAUCAAAGCCUUUCGAGAGCUGAAGCGGCGGAAAGAGCUCCUCAAGGAGAAAGAGAAAGCAGUGCGCAGUGAGCCAGAUCAGGAAGACGAGGAUGUGGAGAUCCUGACUGAACAUGUUGAGCCCAAAGUCAAGUUGGAGCCCCCAGAGUCUCAAGGAGAAGCUGCCAGCAGCAGCAGCAAACCGAAAUUCCUGGUCAAAUCCAAGUAUCCCGAGGAUGUCACUGUACGCGGCCAUGGUCAGAUAUGGGGCUCUUGGUACACAAUAGAGGAGAAGC